CAUUUCCUGACUCAAACAUUCAGUUUUCGAAUAAAAAUGCUCACUUGGAGCACAUCAGCCACGUCAUCAAAGCCAACACUUCGUGGAAAAAUUCCAAAUUCGAAGGCAGCUGAGGAGUUUCUGGAUUCAUGGGAUAACGCGGUUUUCGAUGGGAAAAGUACUGGUGACCCCGAAUUGGACCGAGAAGCAUCACUAUGGAGGGACAAAUUUCCUCAUUUAAGGAUUACCGGAUCCCGUUUUGAAUCUCAGAAAGUGACGCACCCCAUCCCAGUUGACAGCUUGAGCUUUCAAAAAUCAAUAAUUCAACACUCCAAGUCUGCAAACGCAAUUCGGGAAAAACUACCAAAAAUUGAUAACUUCAAGAAAAAAUGAAUUAAUUUUUCAGAAAUUUUUUUAUUUUAAAAAACUUUUUUUUCCAUUUUGUAGGGCAUAUUUUAAAUUAUAGAUCUGCCGAAAAAGUUGGUAGAAUUGAACUAUCACCCGAUAUAUAUUUGUUGCCUAUUCUCUAAAAAUUUUCUCCUUUCACUUCUGUUUCCCCUUUUUCCAUAUACAUUUUCUGAAAAGUGCACCAUGUUU